AUGCAACUGGACCAGGCCAUCCGAAGUUUUGAUGCGGAGUGUCGAGUUCUUCGCAUGGUGCGACACCGCAACCUGAUACGAAUACUCAACACUUGUUCUAACCUUGACUUUAGAGCGCUUAUACUUCAGUACAUGCCAAAUGGCAGCUUAGAGACACUCAUACACCAGUCCCAGAGUACAAUGCGCUUGGGGUUCCUUGAGAGGUUGGGCAUCUUGCUUGACGGGUCAAUGGCAAUGGCGUAUCUGCAUCAUGAGCACCACGAGGUGAUCUUGCAUUAUGACUUGAAACCUAGCAACAUGUUUGAUGAGGAUAUGACUGCGCAUGUUGCGGACUUUGGCAUUGCAAGGCUGCUUCAAGGUGAUGACAACUCCAUGACAUAUGCGAGCAUGCCCGGAACGGUUGGGUAUAUGGCACCAGAGUAUGGGUCUCUUGGAAAAGCAUCGCGGAAGAGCGACAUAUUCAACUUUGGAAUCAUGCUCCUCGAAGUCUUCACGGGAAGGAGGCCAACAGAUGCCAUGUUUGUCGGGGAACUGAGCCUUCGGCGGUGGGUUUGUCAGGCAUUCCCCUCGGAGCUCGUGCAUGUCGUUGAUGAGCGGCUACUACAAGGUCCGUCUUCUAGCUGCAACUUGGCCGAUGGCUUUCUUGUGCCAGUACUUGAGCUGGGUCUUCUCUGCUCCUGCGACUUACCUGAUCAAAGAACCACGACGAUGAGCGAUGUGGUCGUGAGACUAAAGAAGAUCAAAGUGGAGUAUAUCAAAUCGAUAGCAUCGAUGCUGGGGAGCGCAGCUCAGUGA